CUACUAGUCUUCUUCUUCUUGUUCUUCCACCCCCAGUAGCUCUCUCUAACAAUCCUCACCCACUCCAGCUCUGUGCGAUUUGGAAUCCUUCUGAAGACACAAUGUAUCGACCUACGUGGGCGCAUUCGACUCCGGUUGGCCCUCAGCGGUGGCAAGAGACUUGGGCUCGCCUACUUACUCCUUUCACCCUUUGGAUAUGUGUUUCGGUGAGCAUUCGAUAUGGUUAUUAUGGAGACAACCGUAUGGAGCUUGGCCCAAGCUCCUCGCGCUUGAUGAGGGCUAGUUCUGUUUUUGUACAACAAGUUGUAGUGAGAGAUGUUGAUAAGAAAGGGGUUUCUCUCUAUGCUUUUUCUGAAGAGCCUAAGUUGAGCCACCAAGCUAAUUGGAGUGUGUCUAACUACUUGAUUAUUAAGACCUAUAGUCGCAAGGGAUUUUCUUUCUGGUUAAACAAGGGUUCAAGGAUAUCCAUGAGAUUGGAAGCUCACCCUACUCAUGUAAAUCAACUCCAAGUUGUCAUGCUUAAAGGGGAACGGAAAUUCGAAAUACUGCAGCCGAAACAAACAAGUUCUGUGAAUGCCUUUAAUGAAUCCAAAAUUGGUAAAGAAGCUGAAUAUAGCAUUGAGGAAGAUGACAGGUACUACCUUGACAUCAUAAACACAAAUCCUAAAAGCAUAAUCAUACAGAUGAAUGUAAAUGUUUCGUCGAAGAUGCAUGAUACUACGAAUGCUAAGGCCAUCUGCUCGACAGAAAAUAAGGCUUCUUCGUGCCAGCUCAGGCUUAUAUUCCCCAAUACUCAUUAUGUCAUACUGACCACACCUAACAAUGGGGAUCUUCUUGGAUGGUACAUCGAGCUUUCUUUUGUGGCUCGUGUGAUAACAUAUAUUGGAAUUUUAGGGUUUAUAGUGGUCAUGAUCUUUCUAAUAUUGAAAUACCUUGGCGCCUGUGAUGCUGAGAGUAGUACUGUAGUAGAAGACACAAGACAAGAAAUUAAUGAGACUUACCCUAUAGUGCCACGCAAGACAGUUCCACAAACAUAUGGUACAAAUGAAGAAGAUGAUGAUUCAGGAGCUUCGAGUAGCUCCUCAGAGGAAUUAUAUGAUGAGAAGCUAUGCGUGAUUUGUUAUGAUGAGCAGCGGAACUGCUUCUUCGUUCCUUGUGGUCACUGUGCUACCUGCUAUGACUGUGCUCAGAGGAUCAUGGAUGGGGAGAGUAAGGUGUGUCCAAUUUGUAGAAGGCUCAUUAAUAAAGUGAGAAGAUUGUUUAACUCUUAAUUUUAAAGCUGGGGUCUUUGAUUGUUGAAUUUGUGUGAUUAUUAUGUUUGAGAGGAAUUUUCUUUGUCUGGAAAGAGAGAUUUAAUAUAGUAUAUGUAGAGAAUGAGUGCCUAGAAGCUCUUAUACCCGAAUCUGCUCCCUAAUUGCUCAAUAAGCCGCAUGAAAUUACUUUCUCGGAUCAAGCUGCACUGAAGUGGGCGACAAACUGAGAUCAAGGGAAAGCUGAGUCAUCAGAUGACCAUGUUAUGCUUAUUUUAGAUACUUGUUCAUUGAGAGAAUGGAGAAUGUGUCAAGUCUUUGAAACUUCAACUGCUUGGAGUUGUGCAUAGUUUCGCCUAACUAGUUUUGUUAAGAAGAGAAAGCAAGAACCCCUUUUGUGGGGAUAUUCAAAGAUUAGUUAUGAAAUUCAGUUUAACAUCUCA